AAAGUAAUGUACCGGCCGGUUCGCGUCAGAAUUGCGAUGAUGGAUGUUUAUUACACAUUUGUUGUUAUUAUUUUUGUGAAUAUUGUUCUCAUGUUCAACAAAUUUAAUAGGUAAACAGUUGAGUAAUGAAAUGAAUAAAGUUAAAUAAGUAUGUCGGGAAUAGUUGAGUGUAAACGUUUCUUUCCCAUUGAUAGUAUACAAAAAGUUUGCGAUCUAUUUCAUGAUCAACUGCGUAAUGAAAAGGAACCCGACUUAGCAUUGUUUUCUAUAAUUAUUGGUGCAGUUGAAAAUAACUUAACAAAUACAAAGAAUAGUGACAAAGAUGUUACUUUAUCUGCUAAUAAAUUUAUAAAAAUGAAGUUUCCAUGUGUUGAGUGGGAAGACGUGCAAUCUCUUUACGAGCGCUUUGUAUCUUUGAUGAAAGGAGGAGUUGAUACGAAGCUUCUGAAUGGAGAAUACGCAACCCGCGACUUAGUUAAGCGAGUAGCCGAUGUGGUGUGGAACUCUUUAACUCGUAGUUAUUACAAGGAUCGAGCACACCUGCAGUCUAUCUACAGUUUCUUGACAGGAAAUAAACUGGACUGUUUUGGAGUAGCCUUUGCUGUCACUGCAGGGUGCCAAGUUUUGGGUAAACGGGAUGUACAUUUAGCUUUGUCUGAAGAUCAUGCUUGGGUUGUUUUUGGAAAAGAUAAGACUGAAACUGCUGAGGUUACUUGGCAUGGUAAAGGCAAUGAGGAUAAAAGAGGCCGUUCAGUAGGCGAUGGUGUUUCAGCUCGUUCUUGGUUAUAUGUGGCUGGAAAACCUGUUGUGUGCACCAGAAUUAUGGAGCUGGCAGCAUUGGUGUCCUCAAUAAAUCCUACCUUAACACCCACUAUAGAUGUCCAUGAAGUGGCUUUGAUGCAAUAUAAUCUCUUGUGGAUGCUGUAUGACAAAGGACAUUUAGAUGCAUAUCCCAUGGCCCUGGGUAAUCUUGGAGACUUAGAUGAGUAUAUGAGAGUAUCAAACUGUUCAGAAGACAAGAAAGAUUCUCCCGAGACAGGAAACUUGCAGGGUGGACAGCCUCGGCCGGAUUCAGCAGCCCUGUAUGCGCAGGCCAUUCGGUCUUCACGUACUCAUUAUGAAGACAGGCAUGUUUAUCCUUACACAUUUCAAGGAGGCUAUUACCAUCGCCACAAGAUGUACAAAGAAGCUUUCCAAGCAUGGGCCUGUGCUGGUGAUGUUAUAAGGCAUUAUAAUUAUUCACGUGAUGAUGAAGAAAUAUAUAAAGAAUUUUCCGAGAUUGCAAAUGAAUUAAUACCUCAGCUAAUGAAAGCUGAAAGUUCAGGCCAUUCAGCCAGAUCUAUACUGAAGGACCCAGAAUGUUUUGCAUCAUUACUCAGGUUUUAUGAUGGAAUUUGUAAAUGGGAAGAGGGUAGUCAAACUCCAAUACUGCACAUUGGUUGGGCAAAACCUCUUGUGAGCACUAUUUCCAAAUUCGAUGCAGAAGUUCGUGCUCAAGUUAAUAUCAUAUGUAAUACAGACAUUGAGGAACCCAGUGAGAAACACAAAGAAGGCGUUAAAUCUGAAGAUGGUAAUUCUGACGAGAAAUGGAAUAAUAAUUCUGAAAAUACUGAAAUGAGUGUCAGGGAGCAGUUGACAGCUGCAGUGAAUAGUCGACCUCGGGUAACACUUUACAGUCAUAAAAUGGCUGCGCUGAAGCCUUUACUUUUGGCUGAAAGACUCAACACUCACGCUCUUCAACUGCAGUUGACGGCGCAGAGCCAGCUUCAGCGGCCGCAAGCCCCCGCCAAGCGGCGGGACGACGACGACAGCCCUUGCGCUCCCACCGCACGCGCUAAACGCGCUAGGCGCGAACGUUAGACCCGGCUUCACAGAAUACCGGUAAAGUAGCUCUGUGGGCUUAUUAACAAACAAUGACAAGGCAUGACUUAUCUUCUCUGCAAUGAUUUCAAAAGUAAGUAUACGCCCAUACAAAAACAUUGCUAUUACUAAUGGUUUUUUUUAUAUACUCUCGACUAAAUGACUUUGGCACUAAAUGGAGUGUUUUGGGUCAAAAGCAGCGGUGCCAUUUCAAUGAGCACUUGGCUUGGUCCUUAUGUAGUAUAUAUGUAUAUACAAAGAAUUCAAUGCUUCUCUUUUUCACUAGGGUUAACCUCUGAGAUUACCUCUAAGAUAGAAAGAGAUCAUAAGACUUAUGCCUUGUCAACGUUUGUGAAUAGUGCAAGUAGCUAUGGCAGAAUGAGCUUUCUGAGCUAUAGCUGAGCUUUGUCAUAUAUGAAACUGAUUUAUACAUAACAGUCAUUAGGGUUUCAAUCCUGCAAUAAAUAUACCAAUAGGUAGUGUUUAAAUACAACAUGGAAUAGUUUUUGACUUUGGGUCAUGCACAAUCAUUUUCCUGGUUUCCUGGUGUUAUUCUCUGUUGUGACCUCAACUCUUUGGAGAGGAGCCCGCACGGGUUCACCUAUUACCACUAUCCUGGAUAAAUUAAGUCAGAUCUGCACACGACGACUCCCGUCUUACCUCUGCAACAAUUGCUGGGUACCCUAACCGCUAUAGAUCUUGGUGACUUAUUGAGUCUGGAAGGCAAAUACCACAUCUAAAAUGACUCCACUGCGAGGUUGUCGAAGUCCGAUGGAAAUCUUUUCAUAUAACACCUCAUUCAUAUGCCCUUGGACUCCUCUCCAAUCCAAUACAGGAAAUAAAAGUAUACAAACGGGAACGGGGGAAGAAAAAUUAACACAGGUUAUUAUUUUUAAAGAAUUGAAUUAGUAUUCAUGUUUGUACUGUAGAUUCAUCAAGUACAAUGUCUGUAAAACUCUAAUACGCUUUCUGUUAGACUGCAAUUGUACUAUUGCCUUGAAUUAUUAGUAAAAGAGUAAUGUAUAGUAAUCAAUGUACAAAUUUGACAAACAUAAAUUUUUAUCUAGUUAUAUCAAUAAUAUGUGAAUUUUCUGUUAUAAAUAUAUAUUUUCUGACUAUGGUCAGACAUAGAAUAUAUUAUCACAAGAAAAUAAAUAUAUUGCGUACGAUAUCAUCACAUUACAGUAAAGGUAAUAGGAUUACUAGGUCAACUGUAAACCCACGACGUGAACCACGUAGACAAAUGCACGUGUUAUUCACUUGUUAGUUAACAUACCUAUUUCUUGAUACGACAUGAGGGAGGACUGUGAUUAUUGUGUCACCCAUGCAUGGCCGUUUUUCUCUGUGCAAAGUCUACUAAAAAAUGGUAUGUAAGUACCUACAUACCUAUAAGUUCUAUAACUUUAACCAUAUAAAGUCAUAUUACCGACCUAGUGGCAGAAGCUAGAAAUAUGGACAUGGAAAGAAGAUGUAUGUCGAAUAUUGUAAAAACAAUCGGUUGUCAUCUUGAUUAUAGCUCUACCGAUUGUAAGUAUUAUUAUUUUAUUUUAUGAAUUUUGUUCUACAUGAAUAUGUUAAUUUUAACUAGGGUUGUUGAGAAUGACUCUUCCGCUAUCGCUUCCUCAGAAUUUAAGAGGAAUUAAUGAGGAAUUUCAAUGCGCAUGCGCAUCGCGUAUAAUGAACGGAACAAUUCUAAUAUGUAGGUACUGGCCUGAAUUGGGUGGCCUAAUAUGUACUAAUAUAUCUAUAAAUUCAAGACAUGCGAGACCGGGUCAGUAGUGUAAAAUACACCAUUAAAUUGUAUCGAUGAAGUAGAUCAGGGCAUUUUAAUUUUAAGCGAAAAAAUCAAACGUGCAUUUUUAUGUACCUAUUACUUUUUAUGAAACUACGAGUUGAUCCACAAGGAAAACGGGCAUUUCUUCACUUCAUAUGGCCGAACUUUGUUUCCGGACGAAUCACUGGUAGUAAUAUAUUUUCUGGUUUAACAUUCCAACUAUUUAUUUACCAAAUUAUGUACACAGAAAAAAUCGGGAAUGAUAAACACAAAAAACAAAAAUACCUAGGUUCUACAUUCUCUAAAGAAAUCACUUCUAGCAGACCUGACGUAGGAGACGUGUUAUUUAUUCUUUACUUUAUAACUAUGAUAAACUUUAGAAUUUCGGUACAAGUGAUUUAUCUAUAUUUUUUUAUUAUUAUGUUUUGAUCAUAAAUCGUUGAGAUAAUUAAGGAUUUUAGGUAUAAAUAUGCGCUAAUUAUGAUAAUUUUGUGAUAAAUCUAGGAUUAGAUGAUUUGUUUUAUGUCGCACUCUGCAGAAAUCGUUUGUAAUUUUGUUGUUAA